CGACGCGUCCCCCGCCACUUGUCUGUCACCAUGCUCGAAGCAAAACUGAACGAAGCCGCGCUCCUCAAGCGUCUCCUCGACGCGGUGAAGGAGCUCGUGACGGACGCCAACUUUGACUGCAACGAAGAGGGCAUCACACUCCAGGCGAUGGACAACUCCCACGUCGCCCUCGUCGCCGUCAAGCUCAAGGCAGACGGCUUCCAAAAGUACCGCUGCGACCGCCCCAUCCCGCUCGGCGUGAACGUCGGGUCGCUCACAAAGGUCCUCAAGUGCGCCAAGGACGACGACAUCUGCACGCUCAAGGCCGCCGACGACGCCGACAUCCUCUCCCUCACCUACCAAGCAAAGAACGCGGACAGGAUCGCGGAGUACGAGAUGAAGCUGAUGGACAUCGACGCGGACACGCUCGGGAUCCCGGACACCGAGUACGACGUGUCCGUGACGAUGCCGUCGGGCGAGUUCGCGCGCAUCGUGCGCGACCUGUCGCUCCUCGGCGAGUCCGUGCGCAUCGAGGUGUCCAAGGAGGGCAUCCGGUUCGUGUCCGACGGCGAGGCGGCGAACGGCAACAUCCUCAUGAAGCAGACUGCGGAGGCGCCGAAGAAGGGCAAGAAGGGCUCGAGCUCGAAGCGGAAGGGCAGCGACGACGAGGACGACGAGGACGAGGAGAAGCCGGACCCUGAAGACGAGGAGGGCGCGGCGGGGAGCGAUGACGAGGUGUCGGACGGGGAGGGCGGCAAGAAGAAGGUUAAGAAGGAGAAGGUCAAGAAGGAGGAGAAAGACGGCGAGGACGUCGAGAUGGCAAGCACCGCCGACGAUGCGGACGAGGACGAGGACGCGGGCGAGUUCAAGCCGAGCAAGAAGGAGGCAGGGAGCGACGCCGAGGACGACGACGAGGACGAGGAGGGCGGGUCGAGCAAGAAGCGUAAGAAGGCGCCAGGCAAGAGCGGGAAGCCCGCGAAGAAGGCGAAGAAGGGCGAGGCGGACGCGGAGGACGAGGACGACGACUUCGAGGGCGUGCGGAUCGAGAUGAACCAGGCGGUGACGCUCACGUUCAGCCUGAAGUACCUCGUCAACUUCUCGAAGUCGUCCGCGCUCUCGAAGAAGGUGCAGCUCAUGAUGAGCAACGACGUGCCCCUCCUCGUGUCGUACGGGUUCAACCAGGGCCACAUCCGCUACUACCUCGCGCCGAAGAUCGGCGACGACUAGCGCGUGUGGCCGUGAAAAUCGCGCGCAUGUCUCGCAUCUAUACUCUCGUUGCAUCUCUUUGUCGUCUAGUUGCCCCCCGCUGUGUAAUAUGUUCUCCACGCGACCGUGAUCAAUCUACCAGUCUCCUCCGUCCGCCGUACCCCCGCACGUCCCGCAGGCAUCCUCAGCCUGUCCAGUGCGACAUGCUGUGUCAUGGGGGGCCACUACAUAGCAUUCCUUGUAUACUUGUAUAUUCGU